AGCAGCUGCGAUCGUGACACGGGCUUUGCCAUUCUUUCGGUGCUCCGUUAACUAGUUCACAUUCCUUGUUUUCAGACCGUAACAAACCGCGAUGGUUCUUGAACAUGGCAGUCAGUCCUCAGACAGCAGCGACGAUACGGAUAGCGCAUCUCGAGGAAACAAGAAACAGAAGAACAACGCACAGAAGAAGCGAGGAAAGAAGGCUGGUUUGAACACCCGCAUCAAUAUCCUCGCUGAUUCUGGCGGUACCAAGUAUGACUUCCAUAACGGUCAACUGAGAAAAACUGGUGGCAACACAGCUCUUGAGCAGCAACCUGAUAUUGGCUUAGAUGCGUCGCGAAACGUCCGGCAGCAAGAACCGGUGGUUAGUCUAGGUGGAUACCCCUACGCCCUCGUGCCAGCUACAAACUAUCCUGGAGGGACACGCCCUCCUGUCAGCAUGUCAUCCCCGCCCCAAGACAAUGAAGAGGAACAAGAUGUUUUACUCGUUCCUGUAACAAGCGAAAUUGCCGAUAUGCUCGCGCAUACGCAUCAGAACAACAUCGACCAACUUGUCUGCGAAAUCUUGGAAAGGCAAAUCGAAGAGCAUGAGAGGCGACUGCAGGGUGCGCGCGUGCCUCCGCAGCAGACGACAAACCAACGAAGUCCCGCUUCUAUUUCUGUAAAUAUAACGCGUCCAGCAUUGUCACCAGAAAUGGGACAGUCAACGCCGCAGCAAUCAAUUCAAGCGGCGCAGACUGGGACCCCUCUACGAGUGCAGAUUGGUGAGCAAGGACAACAGCAGACUUUCCAGCAGACACUACAACCCCAACACCAACAACAGCAGAUCACGUUUUCCGUGGGACCGGUGAGAAACGCUAUGACAUAUCCAAAGAUAAACGCGCCAGUGACUAUACAGCCACAGCCUCCAACGUUUCAGGUAGCAGGCCAAAGGGCUGCGCAGCAAGUCGUCCAGCAACCCUUGCUCCAACCUAUUGGCCCCUCCAUGCUACAGCAACCGGGACCAUUUCAGCAGUUUUUGGCGCAACCAUAUUUCCAGCCACUGGGACAAAUGAUUCCGCAGCCUAUGACUGAACCAUUUAUUCAGAGCGUUGCCCAGCAGACGCCGCAGUAUAUUUACGAACCAAUCAACCCACACAUGGUGCAACCGGCGCAGCAGUUCAUGAAUCCGGCCGUUGCGCAACGGCAUAUCGGAGGAUUGAUGUUUCAGCCGAUGGGCCAAGUGGGUCAGCCCGUCCACGGACCGGUCCUGCGCACGGAAGUAGACGCGGUUGGUCUUUGUGUGGGACAUAUCGUUACCUCGGUCAGCCGUGAGAGAAUGCCGGUGGGUCCACAGCAGAUUCAACAAGCUCCCCUGAUCGGUCAACAGAUGGCGGAGACGCUGCAAGUAAAUAAUCAAGCCAUGUCUAUGUAUUCUCUGGCGCAGGGACUGGCCGCAUGCCAGACUACCCAGGGAGCGCGACAGCAGCCAAAUAUCAACAUGACACAUGGUCCAUUACUCAUCGGAGCUGGAAUACAAGAGCAGCUGUUCCAUGGCUACCUGGUAGAACCGAAGAAGAAUAAGAAGAAAUCGAAAAAGGAAAAAUCAAAAGCGAAGAGAAAACAAUCAGUGUCGCCCAUGACUGAGAGAUACCUUCAAGAAGAAUCUGUUCGAAUAGAACUUUUCAACGGGUCGCCUCCAUCCAAGUGUCGCGCACCAUCUGUAUCGGAAGCCGGAGAACGCCCAGAACCACAAGCCCCAGGUGCUGACUUUCAAUACCGUAGGAAUAACUUGAUCAAAUCACCCAGAGGAAACAGCGAAACAAAACUCGCGGGCUGUACAUGUCGACCAUUUAAUUUUGGAUCACGUUCCCCAAGCGCAGAUCCUAGCACAACUCCUCCAGCAACUCGACCCAAGCAGUACAUUAGGGACAUAAAACUAACAGCUCGUAGGGCGACCGCUUCAUGGACCGAGGAGUCAGGUGACUUUGGCGGUCAAGAAAAUCAGAUAAAGGGCCGUCGGCUAAGUCAAAGUCUCGGACAGCAAGGGAACGCGCUCACCAGGAACCUUCGGCUGAUGAAGGUUCCCGCACAGCAAGAGGACCAGCCCAUUACGGACAGUCAGAUGAGUGAGGCUCCGGUACAGCUGAACGACAAAGACAUGCUCUGCCAGGGCUGUAAGCGCGCGAGUAUCCAGGUUUCUGGGAAAUACUUUGACGGGCAUGACCGAAGUGUGGUAAUUGCUCGUACCACAGAUCAGGAUCACCCAACUAAUCAACUUGGGGGUAACCAGGUUAAAGACAUCGAUGAUGAAAAACAAGCACAACCGCUCGGAUUAUAUGGUGGCGUAUUUGCUAAGCAGGAUGAGCAGGAUGAUAGCGCACUUACUGAGCAGAACAAGGAGGAUGGAGUCGAGAAUAUUGAUGCAGAUGUAGUUCCUUGCCAGGAUGGUGCUGCCGCUGCUCAAUAUUUGGUCACCUCUUACCAACAGCCCCCUUAUCCGGGUGCAGUGCCCGUAUUGCCGCCAUUUCCUCCAGUACCUCUACGGCCGACUGCUUCACCUCCACAGAUGCAGCCCGGGCCUCCUGGUCAAGCUGUUCAAGGGACAGCAGCUCUCCCGUCGAACAUGAAAGAGAAUGCGGCGAAGGACAAGGAGGAACAGGGCAACCUUUUUAUCUACCCUGCUUGGGUACUCGUCGGAGCCGCCAUCGUCAUCCUGAUUCUCAUCGCCGUCAUAUACAUUGUCGUUUAUGGUGGGAAGUCACAUGGUAAGAGAAGGGACGCGCUUGAAAUGUUGCCUACGAAGCUAGUGCGAGCAGGGACGACGACUAGGGUGGGGGGACAUUUUUGGAGGCAUCGUCAUCUGAAGCCAAUGUCCAGGCGUCGGGAAGAGAGUCCACUUGACGAACUCUGGAAUCUGUGACGACAUUGAGGGACAAUGGCAUGUCCCUCAGGGAACAUUCCAAGUUUAUUAAACUCCUUACAAGUGCUUUGCAGAUUUGGUGAUUGAGUAAAACAUUGAAAACAACA